AUGAGUGUUGUCGGAAUCGACUUCGGUGCCCAGAGCACCAAGAUUGGUGUCGCCCGUAAUAAGGGUAUCGACAUUAUUACCAACGAAGUUUCCAACAGAUCUACUCCCUCUCUGGUCUCAUUCGACAACAAAUGUAGAUAUCUCGGUGAGGCUGCUAAGACACGAGAGACCUCCAACUUGAAGAACACUGUUGCAAACCUCAAGCGCCUGAUUGGCCGCUCAUUCAGCGACCCCGAUAUUCAGAUCGAGCAGAGCUUCAACACUGCCACCCUCUGCGAUGUGAAUGGCCAGGCCGGUGUCGAGGUCAACUUCCGCCAGCAGAAGCAGAAGUUCUCGGCCACUCAGCUGGUCGCCAUGUACCUGACCAAGAUCAGAGAUAUCACCGCCAACGAACUGCAAAUCCCCGUUUCCGAUGUCACCAUCAGCGUUCCCGCCUGGUUCACCGAUAUUCAGCGCCGGGCUAUGCUUGACGCCGGUGAGAUUGCCGGUCUCAAGGUGCUGAGACUGAUCAACGACACCACCGCCACCGCUCUCGGAUAUGGUAUCACGAAGCUCGAUCUGCCCGGUCCCGAGGAGAAGCCUCGCCGCGUCAUGUUCGUUGAUAUCGGACACAGCGACUACACCGCUUCGAUUGUUGAGUUCCGCAAGGGUGAGCUGAACGUCAAGGCCACCGCCUGCGACCGCCACUUCGGUGGCCGUAACUUCGAUCUUGCCCUCACUGAGCAUUUCGCCAACGAGUUCAAGGAGAAGUUCAAAAUCGAUGUCCGUACGAACGCCAAGGCUUGGGCCCGUACCCUCGCCGCCGCUGAGAAGAUGAAGAAGGUCCUUUCCGCAAACCCUGCUGCCCCCAUGAGCAUUGAGUCCCUCAUGGAGGACGUCGAUGUCCGCGCCAUUGUCAAGCGUGAGGAGCUGGAGACCAUGGUUCAGCCUCUCCUCGAGCGCGUCCUCGUUCCCAUCGAGCAGGUCCUUGCCGAGGCCAAGCUCAAGGCUGAGGAUAUUGACAGCAUUGAGAUGGUUGGUGGCUGCACUCGUGUCCCUGCCAUCAAGGAGGCCAUUGCCAAGUUCUUCGGCAAGAACCUUUCUUUCACCCUGAACCAAGAUGAGGCCAUCGCUCGUGGUAGUGCCUUCAGCUGUGCUAUCCUCUCCCCCGUCUUCCGUGUCCGUGACUUCUCCGUGCACGACAUCGUCAACUACCCCAUCGAGUUCACCUGGGAGCAGUCCGCAGAUAUCCCCGAUGAGGAUACCAGCCUGACUGUCUUCGGCCGCGGCAAUGUCAUGCCAUCGACCAAGAUUCUCACUUUCUACCGCAAGCAGCCUUUCGAUCUCGAAGCUCGUUACGCCAACCCCGAGAUGCUUCCUGGAAAGACCAACCCCUGGGUUGGCCGCUUCUCCGUCAAGGGCGUCAAGGCCGAUGCCAACGAUGACUUCAUGAUUUGCAAGCUCAAGGCCCGCCUGAACUUGCACGGUAUCCUCAACGUCGAGUCUGGCUACUACGUCGAGGACAUGGAAGUGGAGGAGCCCGUCGAGGAGGAUGGUGAUGCCAUGGACACCGAUGCCAAGGGUGACGAGCAGCCCAAGAAGACCCGCAAGGUCAAGAAGCAGGUUCGCAAGGGUGACCUGCCCAUCUCCGCCGGCACCCCUGCCAUUGAGCCAUCCGUCAAGGAAGCCUGGAUCGAGGGCGAGAAGGCCAUGUAUCUGCAUGAUAAGACCAUCGCCGAGACCGACGAGAAGAAGAACGAGCUUGAAACCACGAUUUAUGAUAUGCGUGACCGGAAAUAUGGCCGCUAUGCAAGAUUCCUCGAAGAUGAGGCGAAGAAGCAGGCCUUCGAUGACAAGCUGGAUGAGCUCGAGAACUGGCUGUACGAUGAUGAGGGCGGUGCUGACACCACACUCGAUGUUUAUGCUGCCAAGCUCCAGGAGAUCAAGAAGCUUGUGCAGCCAUUCGAGGAGACUCUUGAGGACGAGCGCCAGCAAGCUCUGGCUGAAGAGCUCGCCAAGAAGCGCGCGGAGGAAGAAGCCAAGCGUGCGGCGGAAGAGCAGGCCAAGAAGGCCGCGGCCGCUGCUAUGAACUUUGAAGAGCGGAAUGAGACGAUGCCGGAUGCUCCUGCUCAGGAUGAAGCUCCCGCCGCUGAUAAGCAGUAA